UAAAAAUAACUGAUCAUAAAAAUACAGGGAAAUUAUAUAUUUCUUCUUUCAAAAAGUGAAGCUUUUCAGUAACUGAUUGCUCUAUUAAAACGUUUAGCCAUGACUGUCAGAACUGACAGACACUCUCUUCAGUCGGCUGUAAGGCUCUGCAAUAAUAUGGGUCACUCCAGUUUAGUAGAGGACUAGGCUGAACAGUUUACAGAAAUGUAUUAAAGGACAAAGUAUUAAGUGGUCCUCUCUGAAAUCAUGUCACCAAAGUUAUGUUUAUGGUUGAACUUCACCAGGCCGCACAGCUUUUGCUGACCUAGAGUUUUUGUUUGGGGUUUUUCCAGCAAAGAUUAAUCUCCUCUGUACUGGGUGGGUGGAUAAAAAUUGAGUUCUGAUGUUGAUAUCAAUAAAGAGGGCAAAGUAGGUCAGUAAUGCGCCUGCUAGGACUUUUGUCCUGAUGAUUCAGGGAUUUUGGUUCUAUGGCCAGGAUCAAGGUUCUUGGCAGCGAUACCAGCCAGUUAAAUCCCUGCUCAUUGAAAAAACAGCUAAAGUGGGAUCGGCAAACCCUUUGAUUGAGGUUUAUAUAGCAGGGCUCUGCUCCUGCUUUGUGUGACCACCAUAUUCAGCAGGUGACCAGCUCCAGCACUCUCUACAGGAUGGGUAGUAAGAUCAUAUUCUACGAGGACCGGAACUUCCAGGGCCGCUCAUAUGAGUGCGAUAAAGAAUUCCCUGACAUGCACCCCCAUUUCACCCGCUGCAACUCCAUCAAGGUGGAGAGUGGUUGCUGGGUGCUCUACGAGAAGCCCAACUACACCGGCUUCCAGUACGUCCUGACCAGAGGAGAGUACCCGGACUACCAGCGCUGGAUGGGCUACAAUGACAGCAUCCGCUCCUGCCGUACCUUCUCCUAUACCAGCGAGGGCCCCUACCGUAUCCGCAUCUAUGAGCGACCCAACUUCCAAGGUCAGAUGAUGGAGUUCAGCGAGGACUGCGAGUCGGUGCAGGAGCACUUCCGCAGCCACGACAUCUACUCCUGCAACGUCAUGGACGGCUACUGGACCCUCUACGAGCACCCAAGCUUCCGUGGACGGCAGUACUUCAUGAGUCCCGGCGAGUACCGCAAGUUCAGUGACUGGGGGGCCACCUGCGCCACUACCGGCUCGUUCCGCAAGAUCACAGAGUUUUAAUCUUCUUAUUUACUGACAACUGAUGUUAACAACAUGAUGUGUCCAAGAGCCGACGUGACAAAGCUGGAAGAUGCUGUUAUAAAGAACUUAAUAAAAUGAGCUGCUGUAAACUAUUUUCUUGUGGAUGGUGAAUAAAUGUCUUGAUAUUACCUGCUUUA